UUUUCGAAAAAAAAAAAAAAAAGAUGGCUACAUACACUACGGACUGCAGCUCAUAUUUGUGACUACUCAUAUAUGUGACGACUAAAAAAAAAUCUUUGAGCCUUUUUGUUGUUUUGUUUUUUUUCAUAAUCUAAUAUUUAUAUUACUCCAUUUAAAACGAAUUAACAUGAGUUCACUGUUAAAUACUACAGACGGAUUUCAACCUGCACUUUCAAAAUUCGAUUCACCUUACGACAAAGAGAUUCUUUUAGAUGAUGAUAAAGAACUUUGGUUAAUUCGUAUUCCAGAUAAUAUUGAUGAGAAAGAACUAGUUAAUAUGAAGUUUAAGUUACCUUCUGACAAGGCUUCAAAAAAGCCUUUAGGUAAAAUGGAGAAGGAAGGAGACAAAUAUGCUUUAUAUAAAGUACCUACUACAACUGACUUAAAGUCUGGAUCAGAUGGCGAAUCAGAUGAAAGUUUAGAUAUUGGCAUUAGUGGUCAUGAAAUGCUGUCACUUGAUUGUUUAGUUCCUACUCGUGAAGAUAACGGCAACCUUACUUUUGCUCCAAAGAAGUUUAGUCAGUAUUUAAUUUUGAAUCAAGUUAUUGAUAUUCCUGAUACAACUAUCUUGGCUCAAUCUAUUCUUGAUAGACCCGUUUAUAAAAGAGAACAACCAGAAGGUCUUAAAAUGCGAUUUAAGCCUUAUGGAUAUUAUUCUGGUAAAAUUUAAACUGGCUCCCUUUUUUUUUUUUUCUUUUAAUUCUUAUUCUUAAUGGAUAUUAAAUAACAAAAACAGGUGAAGUGACAUUGGAUCAAAGUAAGAAUGACGAAAAGGAUAUUAAAAUGGCUGUCGAGGAUGAAACACCAAAGAAGAGAAAGAGAACAGAAGAUAGUGAAGAAGAUAAUAAAACUGAAGAAAAGAAAAAGUCAAAGAAGGAGAAAAAAGAGAAAAAGGAAAAAAAAGAUAAAAAAAAGGCAAAAAAAGAAAAGAAUUAAUUAGACUUCAUGUUGUAUAAAUAAACUUGUGCAUUUUUAUUUUAUUUUA